GGCCUCGUAAGCACUUAGUCUAAAACUUAUCAAUUCUGACCAAUUACAUGUUGAGAGAGAACAGUGAUUCGAAAAGUGGGUGAUCAUGAAGGGGUUGAUUUUCUUUGUGUUAAGUGUGGUUUCAAUAUGUGACAGUCAAAACCGAGACAGUUGUGUUGUUCCAUCUGAGUUCGAUGGGAUGGUACUUGGCGAGGAUGCAAAACCUGGAACAAUUUUGACCUCAGUCUCUAGCGAAAACUAUGCGAAUUUAACCAUCGCUGAUUCGGCUGCCGAUUACUUAGAGGUGUUUGAGAAUGAGGAGGAGAAGACCCUGGGUCUGAGAGUGUCCAAUACCGUCUCAACCUCAGUGGAUUGCCGAGUAAACGCCACAUUAGAUGAUCCUGAAAGUAAUAGUGUCUAUGCCUCGAUUGAUAUUGAGUGCCUUGACACCGGAGAAAUCGGAUCUAAAUACCCCUCCAUCAAAAUCACGAACGUGAACAAUCGGGAGCCUUUGUUUUUCAAAGAUGAUUUUGAACUAUCCGAAGUUGUUCCAUCCAUUCCUCCCGAAUUCUCUUUGAGUCAGCUGGGAUACGACAUGUCUGAUUUAUUCAUUUACGAUCUUGACCACACCGGGCUAAAUCCCACGGACUCUGCUUCUACCUUUAACAUUACAAUGAUGCCAGAUGAUCUUUUUGAGCUGAUUAAGACUGACGAAAAAAAGGUCUUCUCGGAGCCGAUUUGUUCCGAGAUCAAACCUGAGUUGCCAAAAGACAUAGUAGCCCUGGAUUUGAAGCUAAUCAAACCGGUUCCUGCAGAUGUGCCAUUCCCUUAUGUGCUGACAAUCAACGUCAUAGAUAGCAACGGCCUCUUUACCCAAGGGACAAUCUCCAUCAACUUCAAACGGGAGGACAGAUAUCCACCUCAAUUUGGACAAUCACUGUACUAUGCCACACUCAUGAGUGUAGUUUUCGAAGGGCCCUUGUCUGUGAAUGUGGAACCCGAGACAGUGAGCGCCGUCGAUGGAGAUGCAUUCCUCAAUGCGCCUAUAAGCUAUGAGCUCAUGGACGGCGAAUGUUCCGAAUCGUUUAAAAUUAACAAAUCCUCAGGAGAGUUAAGCUGGGAAUCAAAAUUGAGUCAAGCUUGUAUUGAUCAAGGAUCAGCACGACUGAUGAUUAAAGCAGUUCAAGAGGACAACCCCGAGAUGAACAGUCUAGCACCGUGUGUCGUGCAAUUCCAGACCGACACACAAAAUCCUGAUUUUGAUAACCCUAUCAGCAUGACCACCCUGGAUUUAAAGACAGGAGAACUGACACCCAAGGUAAAGUUCGUAGUCACGGAUAGCGAUAGUAAUGACACGCUACAGUUGACCUUACUUGAUGGUCCUGGAUCAGAGUUCUUUGAAAUUAAUCAAGAUUCGGAACUAAUAACUUCGACAGACUUCGAUCCAAUCAACCUUCCUAAAGGGAACACACUGAACUUGGUGGUGCAAGUACAACAAGUCAGUAAUUCCGAAAGAGUCUCUACUACCAAUAUACAAGUGAACUAUGCGUACAAUUUCGAUGGGCCUGCGUUUAACGAAGAGAGCUAUUACUAUGAACUGAUCAAUCCCAAACCUGAAUCGGACGUUACUUCCGAGGGUGAUAUCAACGCCUUGGAUACCGAUAAUCUGGAACCACCUCCAACGAUCGACUACAAGCUGAGCCCCAGCGACUACUUUUCGCUCGGAGAGCCAUUUAGCGAUGGAUCCCCUAGAGUUGUUUACGACGGCGGUGCCAUGGAGACCGACAUCCACAUCCUCGCUAUUGAAGCCAUUGAAACCGACGCUUUUCCGAGCCAAGGAUCAAAGACCAAUAUCGUCAUCGGAUUGACAAUCGAUGCGAGCAUUUCGUCCACAGAACCAGCCGAUACGACUACAACAGCAACCCCCAUUGUGGAUAGACCAGCGUUCGAAAAGCCAUUAUACACCAAGGUUUUCCCAAACGGGUAUAAGCCAGAUACCAACUGCAUCAAUGUCAAGGCUCUUGGAAAUGCCGACGAUAUUCUGUAUUCCAUCGAAUCUGUUGAGGAUCCUGCAUUUAAACUGCUCUUCGAAAUCGUAGAUCCCAAAUCAGGCACCAUUGCAUGCAAAAAUCCUUCAGACAUUACCGAAUACGACGAGACCAUCUUGAUCACCAUCAGAGCAAGCUAUGCCGAUGAUCCCGACAACGCUUUCGACGAGAGCAUCGUUCUGAUCACCGUGUCUGAGGGAGACGAGAACGAACCGCCAUACUUUACUUCCGGAGACUUUGGCCAAACAGCAACCCAGAGUGUUGGAUAUCCGGCCUUCAUAUUUUUGGAAUCGUUCAUCAGCAUGCCUUUGACGAGAGUGAUCGCCAUCGCCCCCAAUUCGCAAGUCAAAAUUGAGUACAGUAUCAAGACUAGCGGCGAUGAUGAAUCUUCGAAGUUUUACGUGGAUCCAGACUUGGGUUUCAUCUAUGCCUUGCCAUCCAAAGCCAAUGACAUUCAAGGCCUGUGUCCAAACGAUUGUACAUUCAUGGUUCAAGCCUCAAGUAGUCUUAGCUCGGUUGUUGAAAUCCAAAUUCGGAUCAAGUCUUUGGAAAAAAAUCAAGUGAUUGGAAUGGAAGUGAAGAAAGACGGAGAAACCCCCGCUUACAUCUUGAGCACAUUGAAUGAAGAAUUGACAGACCAAGAGGUGUGGCUGCGGCAAAUUCAGUAUCAACCAUCCUCUAAUGACGAUCGAAGUCUUAGAGAUGAUCAAAACCUACCGGUCUUGUUCGUUUCAGCCUUAAACAAAGACAAAGUGUUUGCAGACAAGGAUCUUUUAGAAGCAUUGCUGGAAAAUUCUGAUUUAGUUGAUGUUGGAUACGAGUACACGAUCCACUCCAUCGACGGGAAUCCUGCCGACGACGGCAACAGUGAGGCCCUUUUGAUCGUUGUCAUCGUUUUGGCUAUUCUUUUCUUAUCGAGUGUCAUUGGCUUGGUCGUAUUCUUCUUCUACUUUAAGAGGAAACGCGAUGCCUUUAUGAGAGACGACUCGUCCCAAGAAAUCAAAGAUGACGACGCAAUGUCACGACCCAAUCGUUUUGCUCGACAUGAUGGCUCGCCUACCAAGGACUACAACAAAUCCAGUUCUGUCGAAACAGAUCCCAAGACCGUGAUCUAUGCGGGCACGAAUUUGAAUUCUCAAAGGAAUUUUGAUGAACUCAACGAUCAGUUAAGGCAGCACUUAAGCGAUGCGUCGAAGAGGAGGACCGAAACGCCAUUGGUGACAGGUCCGUCGUCACGAUCAGAAAUCAGUUUUAACCAGUCACCAAUCGCGAGUCGGCCACCAACCUCCCUGACUCCCUCUACACCUAAGCGGAGACCCGCUCCACCUCCUCCCAAAGCUUCGCCAGCACCAAAACAAUCCGAAGGUCUUGAUAUUGUCCAGGAACCAUCAAAAUUGAAUGAAAAUAAAAAUCCAGUUCCAACGGUGCCCGGCCCACCAAAUGAACAGAGUCCCUCGCCAGUCGCCCCUCCAUUCCCGAAGGACGAUGGUGCUACCCCACUGGAUCGAAAGAUUUCGUUUAACGAGAGCGCCGAGGUGAUUCGGGUCGUCGCCGAGUCCAAAGAGGCCCCAAUUAAAGAAGAAGAAGAAGAAAAUGAAAAUGAGUCCGAUGGCGACGAGUCAUAAGUUCGAUUGUAAUCGUGAAAUCACUUUUAUUAGACAUUGAAAACGCU